AGAAGUAGAGCCAAAAUUUAUGGCAGGUGCCAUAAACCCUAUUCCCCAAAUUCCCAGUGUUUCUGAACGGCGUAGACAUCAUCAUGAGAGGCACCAAGCGUUUUGCUGCGUCCGACCCCAACUCCGAUAGCAACGAGACCGCCUUCCAGAGUAAAAGAAUAAUGGAGGGAUCUCCUUUUGGUUUUCUUAGGGCAGAACCAUCCCAACCACCAGUGGUGACAACGCAGCCAUUGGAUAUGAAACGGGCUGAGUCAUCACAGCAGCAUGUGAGAGCUCUAAAUACUCAGUUUGCAAGCUGGAUUCAAACUCAACUGAAGAAUCAUCCAGAUGAACUUUGGGAAGAUGGUGUUAGAGAUUACUUAACACAUGCUUCAAGCAUAAUGGAAAAAUUUAGUGAUGUUGUCAAUUGGAUUAAAUCCAAUGCUGUCAAGGGAGAGAAUUUGCCUCCUGCUACAAAUUCCCUUGCUGCAAAGAAACCGUUUCCUGAAGUGGCCAGCAAGGAAAAUAACAUCUUUGGACAGAAAACUGUGUCCCCUCCUGUCAGUACUGCAACAAAUUCUACGAUUUCAUGGAACCCUCCUGGAAUGUUUUCCAACAAUCAAACCCCUGUUUUAUUUGGGAAUCAAAGUUCUGCUCUUUCUAAAGGUGAUGCUUCUGAUGAUGUGGAUGAAGCAGAAGAUGAAUUGAAGCAGCCUAGCAGCCCAUCUGUGAAGAAGUCAGAAGAGAAGGGAGUAGUAGUUGUGCAUGAGGUGAAGUGCAAACUAUACGUGAAGUCAACCGAUCCAGAAGAUAAGGACGUAUGGAAAGAUAAAGGAAUGGGGCAAUUGUCCAUUAAAUGCAAAGAGGGCUUCAGCAAGGCCACCAAGGACUCCAAGCCGACUAUUGUUGUUAGAAAUGAGGUCGGAAAGAUCCAUCUUAAUGCUUUGCUCUAUCCGGGCAUUAAGACAAAUCAGCAAAAGAACUCCCUUGUUGCGAUAUUCCAUACUUCGGAUAACGUGGAUGGGGGUGGGGGAGAUGAGAGUGUCGUCGCCCGCACAUUCUUGAUCCGACUGAAAACGGAAGAAGAUAGGAAUAAACUGGCAUCGGUUAUCCAAGAAUAUGCCCCUGAAUCUUGAGGUAAAAAUGAGGCUCUGGGACCAAAUAUUGUGUUCCCUUGAACCUUUUGUUGUAAUGAUAGACUGAUCUCCAAUUUUCGCCCUUGCAAAAUCUAAUUUUGUUUUUUCCCUUUUCUCUAUCUUGGGAUGCCUCGUUAGCUAGAUCCUUUGUUGCAGAACCACCAUGUGUUUUAGAGGAUGCUGCAUAUGUCCCAUAAUUUUUUCUCCACUUUUUUAAGCAUGGAUCCAUGUUUGUCUCUCUCCUCCUUCAUAGAUUCAUACCAGUAAUAAACAAGGGUGAAACUGGCAAUUAAGCUCGCUGAUUAUUACUGGGCGAUUCCUCUUCACUAAGCUCAUAUUGCUCGUGUGUUGGCAGAUCAAUGAUAAAUAUCUAAAUUUGUUAA